AUGCGCACCUUCGCAGCGGUCUUCCUCGUCGCGGCCCUCUCGAUGGCCGAGGCCGCCCCGUCCGGCCUUCUGGCGCCUGGAGCAGCGUUGGCCGGCCCUGUCCUAGGCCCGGCUGCCCUCAGCGGCCCCGUUGCAGGCCCUGCCGCCCUCGCCGGACCCGCAGUUGGACCCGCUCGCCUCUCCGGAGCCGUGGACGGUGGAGCUGUCGUGACGGGAGCCGUUGCUGGGCCUUCCCUAGUUUCCGGUAGCGUUGCUGGCCACGCUGCACCCUGGCCGGCGGCACACUGGCCAGCCGCACACGCCCUUCCCUGGGGAGCUGUUCUGGCUGGACCCGCAGCACCUCCAGCAGCCCUCGCCGGCCCUAUCACCGCUCCAGCAUUGAUCGCUGGACCGUCGGGCAGCAUAGCCGCUGGACCGGCUGGUGUGGGAAGUAUCCUUCGCGCUGAUGGACAUUGGUAAUCCCUUGCUCACUUGUUGGACGAUACGCAUCUUCGACUGAUCUCCUCCGACGCCUCCCAUUUUGAAACCGACCGCGCCACGAUCUCCGUCAUAUACCGCUAGUACCUCCAUCGCUCUAUCUUUUAUAUGUAUUCUGUGUACAUAACGAUGUAUCGUUUAUAUGUCUAUUUUAUAUAAUAAUAAACGCAUGCCACUUUGGAGAGGA